AUGCGUGAUGUCAUGCGACAUUGUAAUUCAAUGUAUAUGCGUAAUUUAUUAAUUACGCUAAAAACUAAAAAAGUACACGUUGUAUCAUCAUCAUCAUCAGCCCUUUUACGUCCCCACUGCAGGGGCUCAGGCCUUCCUUAUGGAUGGUUAAGGAGCAUGGGCCAUGAACCUCCAGGCUGGCCCAAUGCGGAUUGGCGGGUAUUAACGACUACAAAUGCAGCCGGGACCAACGGCUUAACGUGCCUUCCGAAGCACGGAGUAGCUCGAGAUAAUAAUUUUUUGGUCACCCAUCCCGUGACCGACCCUUGCGAAAGUUGCUUAACGACAACGAUCGCGUGCCGCGGCGCUUAUCCACUAUGCCACCGAGCUACACCGAGUAACUACCAAGAAUUACAAAUCACCAUACAAUUUUUUAACGCGUACUGUAACUAGUGAACGCGUUAACAUUAUAUUUUCACUUACCACUCUGUUAUACAAUAUAACUAUGACAUUUACAACCACAUGGUCGUUAAAUGUAACAAUAUUAGAACGU